UAUCCAGGUCCUGUUUGCACAUUUUUACAGAACCAGGUUUAUCACUCUCUUUCACUACAUCAAACCUCAACACACUCUUUACAAUGCGCGUCACUCAGGUUAUCGCUACUCUUGCGCCGAUCGGUCUUGUUGCCGCUGGCCCUCUGCAUAAUCAUCAUCGCCAUACUCACCUUCAUCAUCUCCACCAUCGUUCCGUCAAUGGCACUUCUUCCAACUACACCACAAGCGAUACCGCAAACUCUACAAUCUUUGCUGAUCACAUCACAUACGAGACUUCUACAGUCAACGUUGCUGCUAAUUUUGCUGAUGGUACUAAUGCAAGUUCGGCCAGCUCGGAGGCAGCUUCCAGCACCAUCUCAGAAUCAAGCAGCAUCCUCUCCACUACUGCGCAGUCAGAAACUGCUUCCUCAACAUUGUCAUUCUCUUCCGGUGCUUCGUAUGUGAGCGGGUCUCCAUCGAACGCAUCAUCGGCCUUGAUUAUUUCCUCCUCUAUUCCUUCGGAAGCAUCUGUCUCUAUCGUUCUUGCUGUCGCAGCAACCACACCCACUGCUGUCGGCGCACUCUCUCAGACUGUUGAUACCACCACCAGCAUAUCUGUCGACACCAUCUAUAACACCAUCACUGUCAAUGGAGCUGUCACUACCGCGUCUGCAAGCGAGAAGACUGUCACCGUCACUGACGUUGUAACCAACUUUGUCACUGCAACUUUUUCGGCAUUGGCACCCUUCAAGGCUCCUGCUAUCAAGGUUGCCGCAAUCUCUUCCGGAUCUUCUUGUGCGGCCAUCAAGACUAGCAUUGUCUACCUUCCCGCCAGUGUCUCACCCACUCUUGUUGCUGGAGGUGCUGCAUCUAGCAAGGUUUCAUCCAUUGCUUCCAAGGCUACCAGCCAAAGCUCAAUCAGGUAUGUGUCUCAGUCCGCUUCGAAGUCAAGUUCUUCCUCCAUCAAAAAGUCGAGUACAUCUUCCAAAAAGACGAGCACCUCUGCCAUUCUUCCCACAUCUGUUGCGAAGCCCAUUUCUACCAAGAAAACAAGCACUUCCAUCAAAGCGAGCACUUCCAUCAAAGCAAGCACUUCCAUCAAAGCAAGCACUUCCAUCAAAGCGAGCACUUCUACCAAAAAGUCAAGCACAUCAACUAAGAAAACAAGCGCAUCUUCAUUGAAGAUUAGCACCGCCACCUCGGUCAAGAAGGUCACCAGCAGCAUUUCCUCUGUCAAGAAGGUCACAUCAUCUACCAAGCCUGCUACCUUGAUCACUCUUUCCUCUCUGGUUCAAAAGGGUGCCACUACUAAGACUAUCAUCAGCACUUCCAGCAUUGCAGCCUAUGUUCCCAGCUCCAGCGCUAAGGUGUCGAGUAAGAGUGCUGUCAGCUCUGCUGCCAGCUCUGCAAAGGCUAGUGCAUCUUCUUGCGCUGCUGUUGCCGCUCCUGCUUCUACUCAGACUGGUAUCGUCUCUGGCUGUACCAAGUGGUACACGGCCAAGUCUGGCGAUUACUGCUAUGCAAUUGCUUCGGCCAAUGGCAUCUCUACGGACACUUUCAUGUCCUGGAACCCUGCUGUCAAUGCACCCUCUUGCGACAGCAUCUGGUAAGAUCGACCCUUUUCACCUUUUUGACAACCUCAAUACUAACCAUCCUUCAGGGUCGGAUACGCCUACUGUGUCGCCGCAGGCUGCAGCUCCAGCUCCAGCAACACACCUUCCUCGGCUGCC